UGGAGUUGUCAUGUUUUGAGUUGUGGGAAUGUGUUUAAUUUGGAUAUUGUGAUCGGCAGUGCGGUGAUGUAUAUACGACUUUUGCUUUUAACUUAUUUAACUCUUCCUUGCUGACAUCACUGCGAUUAGGACAUUCCUGGAUGAUCAUCGCAACUUCAUUUCUGAUAACUUCUUAUUUCUCAGUUAUGAUGAAUAUGUAAACAGUUCCGCGGUAGAUUUAUUCUGACUGGGGCUCAUGAUAAGGAUGCUUUUGGUUGGACGCUGAUUAAUUUUGAUGAAAGGACACUUGUGGAUUCUUCAGGGAGAAAGAAAAAAAAAACAGGUUUUAUUCCAGCAUGUCCCGGAGGAAACAGGCUAAGCCACAGUAUGUUCUCAUCGAUCAUACAAUGGAGAGUGACCCCACUCCAACCUGCGAUGUCCAUAUCUGUGAACAAUGCUGUGCUGAAUUUUCCAGUAUAACAGACCUAUACCAACAUCAGAAAGACUGUUCAAAAGAUCAGUUAGUUCUAAUAGUAAGUGAAAAUGAAAGCCUAGAUUCUCCACCUUCUGGCCUCACAAUUAAUUCCCCAUUCUUCAACACUGAGGAGAAUUUGGAUGGAGUGACAAGUAAUGACAAUACAGAAGACCUUUGUGACUUUUCCAAUGAUGAAAUAUCAGUUGACGAAUCGUUACACGCAUUUGAAAACAGCAGUCAUGAUAUUGCCAAAAAGUCUCAUUUACAUCUUGAUAAUGAGAGCGGUGAUUAUUCUGAUGGCUUAAACUCAGCAUACUCAGCUGUACUACCUCAAAAGAAUACCUUACUUGAGCUAUGUAAAUUAUCAGCCAUUAAUAGCAAUGUCUUCAUUCAGAACCUAGAAAACACCAAAGUCGCUGUUGCUCAGUUCUCACAUGAAACUAGUUUAAAUCCAAAGACAAGAAAUGGUAGCGACAGCAAAAUUGCCGCCUCUGGUUUGAUUGAGCAGCUGUUCACCCUGCAGGAACAGCAGGUGGAGCAGCUAAAACUAAUUGAAGAAAUUCAACGCCAGAUAAUGCUACUACCAGCCCAAAAUUCUGAUACACCCGUGGCCACAAACUCCUACAAUGGCCUGUCUCAAACCAGUUCACUGAUAAAAUUUAACUCACACCUCUCUGAGCAACUCACAGCAGCUGCUGGGCUAGUAGAAAACCUAGCUGCUAAUGCUAAACAGUCUAAACAGGUUAUUCCACAAAACACCCAAGAUGACCUAAGGGGUAAUAAAGGAAACUCCCAAAUGACUGAUGAAAACAGAGGCAACACUUUGCCAUCAAAGAUUGGUAGUGAUCUGUGUAGUAAUCAGUCUUUGCAUGGUAACAAAGUCAGUGAUGCAGUCGAUGGCAAAGCUAAUUUAAAAACGCCUUCACAAUCUCCUGCUUCAAUUACAAAUGUGAUUCUAAACAAACUCGAACUGCCCCAUAAGCCAAACAGCUUUAAUAUGUCUGCAAACUCCUUGCCUAGUAUUGGGGCAAUUGUGGAGGACCUAAAUGCUUUGACUGCCCUAGCCCAGCAUCGGAAAGCCAAACCCCUCAAUGUGAGUUUAUGUGAACACAAGAGACCAUCUGAAGAUUGUAUAUUCAAGCACAAAUGCAGGUUCUGUGCCAAAGUAUUUGGAAGUGAUAGUGCUUUGCAAAUACACCUGCGUUCUCACACUGGAGAGCGACCCUACAAAUGUAACAUAUGCGGAAAUCGAUUUUCCACCCGUGGAAAUCUCAAGGUCCAUUUCCAACGUCAUAAGGAAAAGUAUCCUAACAUACUAAUGAAUCCUUAUCCGGUUCCAGAGCAUUUAGAUAAUGUCCCAACCAGCACAGGUAUUCCAUAUGGCAUGUCUCUGCCUCCUGAGAAGCCUGCUCUUAACUGGUUGGAUAGUAAACCUUUAGUGGUUAACUCGCUUGCCUUUAGGCUUCCAUCAUCUUUGGCAAGCCUUCCACCCAUCAUUAAAAAAGAGGAGGAAGGGGUAUCAAUAACCAAACCUCACAGUCCUGUUGUCAGUGAGGUGUGUGAGAGAAGUAAUGGGCAUCAAGAGGGAUUUGGUCGUAGCCCUCCUCUAAUUACGAAUGAGAAAUUGCAAGAGGUUACACAACCCUUGAGCAUUGCAACCUUACUAAGCUCCUCAGGGGAAGGUUCAAGAGAUGACAUUGCUAUUAAUACCUCGGCCAAUACAAGCCUAAUAACUAAGCUAAAAUCAGAGCAGCUCGAAACCAGAUUUCUUUUUGGAAGUCUUCCAAAUCCUCCUGGAGCAUCUGAGACUUCAAAGCUGGAGCAGUUAGUGGAAAACAUUGACAAGAAGUCCACUGACCCCAAUGAGUGUGCAAUCUGCCACCGGGUUCUUAGCUGUCAAAGUGCCCUUAAAAUGCACUACCGCACCCAUACCGGAGAAAGACCAUUCAAAUGCAGAGUGUGUGGACGGGCGUUUACAACCAAGGGCAAUCUCAAGACACACUACAGCAUUCAUCGUUCCAUGCCACCUCUUAGAAUACAGCAUUCUUGCCCCAUAUGUCAAGAAAAGUUUACAAAUGCAAUGGUUCUACAGCAGCAUAUCCACAUGCAUAUGGGUGGUCACAUUCCUAAUGUCCCAUUACAUGAUAGCUGUGCAGAACCAAUGGAUCAGGAUGCUGACUCUGUAGAAGGUAGGACCUUGGAAGAGGAUGCCUUGCCCAGUGAGAACAUGGACGCCGCAUCUGAUUCAAAAUACCCAGCCUCUUUACCAGACAGUCUAUGUUCCUCACCUGCUUCUUCUGAGUUCGCCAAAGCAACUGGGUCAGAGAGUCAGAUUGCAGUUUCAAAUGUGGGGAAUUUGUCAGACAUUAAUAAUCUGACCAUGGGGAAUCGAUCAGUGGAUGAAGAAUGCUUAUCCCAGAGAUCAUCUUCACUAGAUAGUGAUCAUGAGAGUAUAAGGAGAAGGAUUUCGAUCAACAAUGACACGACACUCUCCUGGAAUCCAUCCUCCCCCAAUGGCUGUGCUUAUGAAAGGCAAGGAUACACAACCACUGACAGAAACCUGAAAUCUGCAGAAUCAAAUAGCUCAAGCCUACAGCCCAAUCUUACAGUGUCUAAGACACUAGAUGAAGAUAUACCAAAAGAUAGCCUGACCAUGAUUUUCCCCAUUAAUGAGCGGGGAUCCCUAAAAAGCAAUGUUUGUGAUAUCUGCAACAAGACAUUUGCCUGUCAAAGUGCUUUGGAUAUUCAUUAUCGAAGUCACACCAAAGAGCGCCCGUUCAUCUGCACUGCAUGCAACAGAGGGUUCUCAACCAAAGGUAACCUCAAACAGCACAUGCUCACCCACCAGAUGAGAGACUUACCUUCACAGUUGUUCGAGCCAACAAAUCAGAUCCUGAUUUUUCCAACAAACCAGUAUCUGCCCUCCAUGGAACCAGUCAUUCCAUCCAAACACAAUGGGCUCAUCAAAAAAGAUCCUAAAGAUUCACCCAUAGGCAUAGUUAGCUCAACAGCUUCCACAUUACCUGUACUCUCUACACCGACAUUAACGGCAACACCACUUCGGCGAACAGCUAAACAACACUUCUGUCACACUUGUGGGAAGACCUUCUCUUCUUCAAGUGCACUGCAAAUUCAUGAAAGAACCCACACUGGUGAGAAACCCUUCGCCUGCAACAUAUGUGGACGUGCAUUUACCACUAAAGGAAACUUGAAGGUUCAUAUGGGAACUCACAUGUGGAGCAGUUCUCCAGCCAGACGAGGUCGACGACUUUCUGUUGAUGGUCCAUUCCUUAGAUCCAAUUCUGAGCGAUUUCAAGACACUUCCCCCAAAGAUGUUGUGGGUAAAGUGCGUAACAGAAACUCCUUAGGCCUCUGGAGCCAGUAUACCUCUUUGACAAGUGGCUUGGGUGUGAGAACGAAUGAAAUACCUGUAAUUCAAAAUGGUGCCAUACCUCACCUCUCGAUUUCUGCUGGGCAACUGGAAAACAUAGAAAAAUUGCAACUCAACAGAGCUUUACCUUGGCUCGAGAGAUUGAGCGAAAAUGCUGCAACUUUUCAUUUCCGCCAACUGGUUGAAGACAGUAAAACAACAGUGACGAAUUGAAUUCCGUCUUUUAGGAUGCAAACCCAUACAUUCAGAUGUGAUGCAACUAUUAAAAUUUUUGUACAAGUGUUCCCUUGGUAGUGACAUUAAUACAAAUUCUGCUGAAGAUCUUCACAACUGAAGUAGUGUUGAUUGUAUUGUAUGUAUUUGAUGUUUUUUGUUGUUUUGCUGAGGAACAUUAUAAGUAUUGUUAAUAAGCAGCUAUAAUCUUUUAUUUCACAGUUAAGUUUUUUUUUUUUUUUUUUUUUUUAGUAAUUGAAGGUAUUCAUCCAGCGCAUUUGCUAAACUCUUGGCUGUAAUAGGUUUAAUGAUGGAUGUGCAUUUGUAUUAUUUAAUGGAGAAAUGAAUCCAUAUUUAUUAUUAAUUUGUGCUUGAAUUAUGUGUUCUUUUAUACGUACAGUAUUUAGAUUGUAAACACUAAACUAUACUAAAACUAUUUAUUUAAUUUUUUACUAUUUUAAAACACUCUGUACAUUGUUACAUUGGAGGAACUGUUAUGUAUGACCAUAUUUCAUGUUGUGGCAUCAUGUCUUGUAUAUUAUGGCAACUGCAUAAGUUCUCAAAGCCAUUUUUCCAUUUUAACUGUCAUUGCGUUUGGCUUAUACAAAGUGCAAAUUCCACUUGCCAUUUGAUUAAAAGACAUGUGCUUUUGUAAUUUUACUUAAAGUUGUACCAAAUGAGCACCGGUCUCCUCUUUCAGUGAUUUACCUUUAACAAAGCAAUGAUUCUUUCCCUACUUCCACACAAGCAGAAUUCAUGCCCUUUCUCUCCUGAUAAAAAUCUAGGUCACCUUGUCCUCCGCAUUUACAUUUCAAUAAACUUACCAAUAAUAACACAUUGUGUUAAUACGCAAUGAUCUUUGCCAACGGAAGAUGAUACUUCUACAACCAAAAAGAAUAAUAGAGGCCAUUCAUCGAGCAGGUACGACUCAUCAGCUUUACCUCAUGUCUGUAAACCACACGGACAGAUGGUCAGCAAUGGUUUUAGCAUUUGUUGUCUGGA